AUGACAUCUCUUGUUGAUGGAGAUAGGCUGUCGCAGAUAACACAAGCUCUCGAAGCGACCUACGACGCGCGAUCGACCAACGAUACACGACGAGCAGCGCUCGAAUUCCUCGAUGGCGCCAAGAAGCAAGCAGACGCGCCGCAACACGGUUACUCGCUAGCUAGCGAUCUCUCGCAACAACCUGCCAUCCGUCACUUUGGUCUAUCACUGCUUGAGUUCGCCCUUCGCUACAGAUGGGAGGACUACGGUCAGAACGAGGCUGAGACUCUUCGCGGCUGGAUCCUCAACCUCGCCCAGAACGUAUCCGAAUCCGAUCCUCAAUAUUUCCGCAACAAAGUAGCUUCGCUAUGGGUCGAGGUCGCAAAAAGAUGCUGGGGUGCAGAAUGGUUGGAUAUGGAUGCUCUGCUGAUAGCCUUAUGGGAGACGACAGACGACAGCAAACAGCUGGUAUACAGGCAGAUGGUGCUGUACAUACUGGAGUGUCUGUCUGAGGACAUCUGCAACAGAGAAGACCCAGUCGCUGGUCUUCGUCAAGAUGUGCUCGGACAAUGCUUGAACGAGAUUGUCAUCCCCAGUCAAUUGUAUAAAGACCAUCUCGAGUCGCGUGGCAGCUCGCAGAAUGUGCGCCACACUCAAGAUGGUUGGCUUUCCCGCAUGUGCGCCUUCCUCUUCCAGUGCUCUACAAUCAUCCAUCAAGGCGAUCAACGAGUCGUCAUCUCUGCCACCAAGACUCUCGAGGCACUGAGGCCGACAGUGACAUGGCUCAGCUUGAGAGCCUUGACCGAGACUCAGUGUGCUCAAUCUCUAUACAAGAUGCUUGCUGCUGGUGAUGCUACUGUGCAGACGGCCAUUCUUAGCCGCCCCUACAACGCUCACUUCCACGAAUCGUGGUCUCAAAUCAUGCUGUCUGUACUGCAACUCGAUCACAUUGAGCUGCUGAAGAACAUCCAUCUGAGCUGCAACACUUCCGCCGAUGAUAUUGACGAGCCCAAGUACACUUUGCAGAAGAAGCUAUCUGAGAUCAUUGCUACGCCCGAGACAUGCACCGCCUUGAUUGAUGUGAUGAUAAUCGCGUUCCAACACGACAGUCUCCUUGUCUCUAUCCCGUGUUUGCACAGUUUCACAAAACUCCUUGUUGCGAAAAGCCCGACCAUCUCAAGUAACAUGGGUCAGAGAGUAGCCAUUCUCUUGGGUACCUGCAGCCAACGUCUCAUCAAAUACGAAUCGCUGUCACACGAAGAGCUGCCGGUAAUUCUCUACUUGAACGAGGACUUCGAGAACCCGCCCGAGCUUCAUUCCUUCCUUGGCAACUACCGGAGGUACUGCAUUACAGUCAUAGAAAACAUUGCUUACUACAUGCCUCAAGAAGCAGUCGGCCACAUAUUGGAUCAGACAGUGCAGAUGGUCGACACAAUCUGCCAAGAGUUCAGACCACCUUUUCCAUCUACAGGUCCCGCAAAGACGCCAAUUCCCGUACUGCAAUUGGAAUCCCAAGCAUCCGUUCUUAGGAGUACGAUGAAUGGCUUCAUCCAAUGGUACAGCAAAGCUUCGCGACCAGAGUCGAAGUCUGAUCAGCACACUACUAACAAUGUUUACGGCGUGACGCUUACGAAUUUGCGUGACUUCUGUUACAAACUGAUGACGAUGAAGCCACAACAUCCAGAAAUAGCUCGCCUCACCACACAUAUCGCGGUCAACGUCUUGGUGAAGACGUUACAAGGGCAGCCUGAGUUGGUCAUAAAGAUACUGGACUACUGUCUGAGCCUACAGUACACGGACGACGGCUCGAACAAGGAUUACUCGGCUGCUGUUAAGAACUUCCAAGGAGCACGUUUGGGCGAAAUGCAACGAAUCGCGAUGUCGUUCCCAGACUAUCUUCUGGACGUCUACUCUGACCUGGAAACCCGAGUCAACUCUCUCAUGUCUGCUGAAGACGCCGACGAGCGUACCAAGUGGGGUCUUCAAGCGUUCUUGUUCAUUGUUGUACACCGAGCAUCUGCCGUUGACUCUCAAGCACGACUUACUCGUCUCCAACAAAUCAUUCAGCCUGUGGUCGAGACUUGGCAAGAUCCUCAAUUGACUGAAGCAUUGUCGACUUUCUCUGGUUUCUGUAACGUCGUUGGCCUCGAAGGUUUGCCCCAGUAUCUCUCAGCCCAGAGAUUUGCUUCUGUCCAAGACUGGCCAAGUCAACCCUUGGACCAGGAAGGCAAGGCGCGCCAGACCGAUGUGCAGAUGAAAGUCAUGCGUUUGCCUCUCAACGCCACUAAGAAUCUCCUCGCAGCCACUACCGAGAAGCUGAAAGAGUCGUCACGCGAGUACCAGAUCGGUGCCCAAGUUUGGGGACCAGCAAUGCAAGCCAUGUUGUCGAACGUGCUGCAGAUGACCAGACACGCCACAUCCUUCCCCAACAGUAGCAACUGGUCAAGCUUCCCUCCCGAACUACAGAUGGUAAUGCAGAAGAUGCUUGUGGAUAGAUUCUGGCAAGCGGGUAUCUCGAACGAAAGUAGAGAUGAAUUCUAUGCUCGCAUUGCCGAGAGCGGAGAUACUUAUGAAGGCUUUGCCUCUGCAAUCCGUGGUAUUCCCCGCCAGAUUAGAGAUUGGUGCUACCAUAUCAUUUACGGCAUGACGAGAUUCGAAGAGGAGUUCUUCGGGCUCAAGGAGCUGCCUGGACCUCUGGCUGAGGCGUUGCUUACAGACGCUUCGUCUUUGUCCACACAUCACUUGCAAAGACUGAUUGCUUUAGUGGAACGGCUCGUUCAGAGAUGUCCAGCCCAUCAUAGGAGACACUUCAUGCCACCGAUACUGUCAUUGUUCUUCUCGCAAACGGACAAGAAGAUCAGUGCCGAGUGGGAAGUCAUCGAAAGGUCUAGUACACAAUCAGUCGAGGGUGAAGAUCAGUUAAACGAUGAAAUGAAGGCUGAGAGCGUGUUGCGAGCAACAACCUAUGCAGUCGUCAACUUUGCAUCUACCAUCCUCGAUCAACGAGCAACAGACGUCACAUCCUCUACCCAACCUCAAUCCGCACAACUCUCCAUGCGCAACCUCGUUCUCUCCGAACCUUCCGUCCUGGAACCUCUUGUCCUCUUCUGCACCCACGCCCUCCGCAUGCGCGACUCGCGCUGCUGCACCCUCAUCUGCCGUAUUCUGCGCUCCAUCCUCCCUACCUUUGUCGCCGACACUGCCCCAGCACCUCAAGUCCGCGAGUUCAUCAACACAGAAGUCCUCAAGGCUUGCAUUACCUCGCUCAAUGAGCCUUACUUUGUCGAUGUACAACGCGAUCUCGCAAACUUGAUUGCUAAUAUCGUGGCAUUGUACUCCCCUUUGUCUUCCACAGCUAGAGACGUGCUUCUCAGUCUGCCAGACAUGGGUCAGCAGAAAGUCGAUCAAGCGAUUGAGAGGAUCGUGGGCACUAGCAGCGAACGCACUCAAAGGAUCCUAGUGCUGGAACUACUGGAGGGCGUCAGAGGUGUUUCUAUUCACGAGGCAGGAAAGAUCGAUAGAAGAGAUAACAAGGCCAAAAGGAGUGCCAUGCAACAGCAGUACAUGGAGGUUGAGCAGAAACCUGCUGGAGGCAAGAGGGAGCAGAGUCCGAAGUUGGAAGGAAUGGCUGAGAUGUUUGGCGGAGAGUAA